GGCAGAGAGAGCCAGGCAGCAGCACGGCACCGUCAGACAGCCAGGAUGGGAGUGCGGAGCCUUUUGGUGGCCAGCACCGUGCUGGCUUUGGGACUGGCGCUCAGUGGGGCCACCAACCCUGGCUUUGUGGUCAGGAUCACCCAGGCUGGCUUGGACUAUGCCAAGCAGCACGGGGUUGCUAUCUUGGAGGAGGAGCUGGCCCAGCUGAAGCUGCAAGACAUCUCGGGUGAAUCCCGAAUCCCGGUCUUGGGGAAGGUGCGCUACGAGAUCUCCGGAUUGAACCUUCGCGAUUUCCAGUUGCCACACUCGCAGAUUUCCCUGGUCCCCAACGAGGGCCUGCAAGUCUCCAUCUCCAACGCCUUUGCUGAGCUGGACGGGAACUGGCGUGUGAAGCUGCGCAUCCUCCGGCACCAUGGGUCAUUCAACCUGAACGUGGAGCACAUAUACAUCAAGACCAUCCUGAAGCUGGGCAGAGAUGACUCUGGGAAGCCGACGGUUGAUAUCUCUGCCUGCAGCACCAGUAUCUCCAAUGUCCGCGUACACUUUUCAGGCAAAUUGAGUUGGCUUUACAACCUCUUCCGUAAAACCAUUGCGUCCAAAUUCAAGGAAAACUUGGAGGACAAGGUCUGUGAAACCCUGCGUAGCUCUGCCAGAAGAUACCUCCAGCCGUACCUCCAGACCGUACCAGUCACAGCCAACAUAGAUGCCGUGGCUGGGAUCGAUUACUCCUUGACAGCAGCCCCGGUUGCCACUGCCCAGUUCCUCAACGUGGACCUGAAGGGCGAAUGCUUCUCCCUGGCACAGCGCACCCCCGUCCCCUUCACUCCGCCAGCGCUGGCCGUUCCUCCCGAACACAACCGCAUGGUUUACUUCGGGGUCUCCAGCUACUUCUUCAACACCGCCAGCUUCGCCUACCACACGGCUGGGGCACUCAUCUUCGAAAUCACAGACGCCAUGAUCCCGAAGGACAUCGAAUUCCGUUUGAACACCUCCACCUUUGCAGCCUUCCUUCCCCAGCUGGACGAGAUGUACCCCAACAUGCCGAUGAAGUUCAGGCUGUCUGCUCCCUCCGCCCCGUUCCUGAACAUCGGAACAAACGGGGUCUCGCUCCAGCCUGUUGUGGACAUCCAGGCUUACGCCAUCUAUCCCAAUGGCAACCUGGCCCCCCUCUUCCUCCUCGGAUUGACAGGCAACGUGUCUGCCACCGCGGAUGUGCAGUCCGGCCGCAUGGUUGGGAGCCUGGCCGUGGGCAGGAUGAAGCUCACGCUGAAGCAUUCAAAUGUUGGCACUGGCACUUUCAAGGUGAAAAUGAUGCAGUCAAUAAUGAACGUAGUUGCCUCCAGUAUCCUGCUGCCACGUCUUAAUGAGAGAUUAGGUAAGGGCUUCCCUCUGCCGCUGCCAGCCCAAGUACAGCUCUCCGACCCCAUCGUGCAGUUUCAUGAGAAUUUCCUGCUCUUUGGAGCCAACGUUCGCUACCAGCCCAGGCGAGGCAGAUAAGACGACCACAGCGACCUUCAGCGCCGACAAUGCCCCCCUC